AUGGCACCGGCUAAACCCGCCCAGUUGCCGCUGAACGCUACGUUCCGUGACAAGGAUAAGCCACAAGAAGUGCGCCGUGCCAACAUUCUUGCUGCACGUGCCGUCUCGGACGCUAUUCGGACCUCUUUAGGUCCCAAAGGAAUGGACAAGAUGAUCAAGACCAAAAACGGAGAGGUGAUCAUUUCCAACGACGGUGCCACCAUCCUUAAACACAUGGCGAUUUUGCAUCCUGCUGCUCGUAUGCUUGUGGACGUUAGUGCUGCGCAAGAUGUAGAGGCUGGUGAUGGUACAACCAGUGUGGCUAUUUUGACUGGAUCUUUUCUUGGAGCUGCUGAGAAGUUACUCAACAUGGGAAUCCAUCCAAAUCUUAUUGGUGAGUCUUUUCAACGUGCCGCUCAGCGUGCAUGUGAGGUGUUUUUGGAGAUGUCGCAUAAGGUGUCUUUGAGUGACAGAGAGGUGCUCAUCAAGGCUGCCACGACGUCGCUUUCGUCCAAGAUUGUGUCGCAGCACUCGCAACUUUUGUCGCCAUUGUCUGUCGAUGCGGUUCUUCGCGUGGUCAACGAAUCUCAGAACAACGUGGACUUGAAUGAUAUCAGACUCAUCAAGAAGGUUGGUGGUACUAUUGAGGAUACUGAGAUGGUAGAUGGUGUUGUACUUACACAGAAUGUCUUGAAAUCUGCUGGUGGACCCACCCGUGUUGAGAAGGCACGUAUUGGUUUCAUUCAGUUCCAACUCUCGCCUCCUAAGCCAGACAUGGAGAAUAACGUGGUGGUCAGCGACUACAGACAGAUGGACAAGAUUCUUAAAGAGGAGCGUGCAUACUUACUUAACAUGUGUAAGAAGAUCAAAAAGGCUCGUUGUAACGUUUUGUUGAUCCAAAAAUCCAUCCUUCGAGAUGCUGUCUCUGACUUGGCCUUGCACUUUUUGGCCAAACUAAACAUCUUGGUCGUUAAGGACAUCGAUCGUGAUGAGGUUGAAUUUUUGACCAAGGCUACUGGAUGUAAGCCAAUUGCUGACAUCGACAACUUCACAGAGGACCGCUUGGGUUCUGCAGACUUGAUAGAGGAAAUCGAGUCCUCUGGAAGCAAGAUUGUCAAGAUCCAGGGCAUUAGCUCGCGUGGCACUAAACCCACCGUGUCCAUAGUUGUUAGAGGUGCCAACACGCUUGUUCUUGACGAGGCUGAGAGAUCUAUUCAUGAUGCUCUUUGUGUCAUCAGAUGUUUGGUUAAGGAGAAGGCUCUCAUCGCUGGUGGUGGUGCUCCAGAGGUUGAGGCUCUGCGUGUGUUGUCCAAGGAGGCCAACAGAUUGGAGGGCAUCGAGCACUUUGUCUUCAAAGAAUUCGCCGAAGCCUUGGAAGUGAUUCCUACAACUUUGGCAGAGAACGCUGGUUUGAAUCCAAUUCAGGUCGUCACCGACUUGCGCAACAGACAUGAGAUGGGCGAAAAGAACGCUGGUAUUUCUGUCAGAAGAUCUGGUGCAACCAACACAUUUGCCGAAAACGUCUUGCAACCAACUUUAGUCAGUACCAGCGCGAUUACAUUGGCUGCUGAGACUGUCAAAUCGAUCUUGCGUAUCGACGAUAUCACAUUCAGUCGUUGA